AUGUCAAUAUGUAAUGUGCUAAACAAUACUAUGAAGGUUAAUAAAGAGCAUAACCUGAACAGUAGUGAUUUACAAGAAAUGUGUAGUGCUUGGAAAGAUAAGGUUAUAUGCAUUCGAGGUCCACCAAGCUUAAAGAAAAAUGCUUGUGAAGAAGACAAUUAUAUAAAAAUGAUGAAAUAUAAAGAAAUUGAUGAUAAUCUACCUUGCGGCAAUAAAAUAAUAGUAGAUAUAAUA